GGUUAUUACUGCCACUUGCGCGAAAGACUUCAGCUGACGCAGCCUUGCCUCUCCUCCUGUGCUUAGAACACCUUCUCUAAUACUGGAGAACCACAUAGAAUGCGCUGAGAGAAGACCGGCGGUGGUGAUGGCAGACUUGGUGCAAUGUCAAGGGUUCUUCGACAUCAGAAAGGUCUCUGAUUCGAAAGCUCUGAGAGCAUCAAGGGCUGCAACAGCGACACCCCAACUGGUGUUGCGCAACGGUAUCCUUAGUGGUACAUUCAGAAGCGCUGGAAAAAGUUGGAGCUCAGCGAGAGCGCAGUCUGCGGCAGCUGGGUGGCAAGGUGGCAGUCAGUGGCCCCUUCGAUGGCCGGUGGUUAGGAACCGCGCUUCAUCUUUAGGCAACCACAGCUCACGGCAAGCGGAGCAAACUCGGUCAGGAAGGCCUCGAAGGUGCAGGUCUCUGAAGAGUGCCACUGCAAUACAACUAGAGCGAGAGAAACUGCAGAGCGAGCUUGGUGCGCCCUUCUGGCCCCAUGAUCGGUUGGAAAUGUCCCGAGCACCAAAAUGUGGGGCCAUGUCUUUAUGUGAGGCAAGGUUUGUGGAAGAGCGGAGGGGGAGGCGAAAGUUGCGGAGAAAGAAUGUUGUAGCAACCCUUGAUGCCCUCAAGACCAGUGGCUCUUCGGCGCGGCUUGGAAGAACGCAGCGAGAAGCUUUAGUUAGUGCCACCAGUGUACCUGGUGUCGAAGUUGAAGGCCAGAGUGUGGCCCACUCACAUGCUCAGUCCAUUGACACCGCCCAUGAGCCCUCCACAUCACAGCCUGUACAGUUGGAUACAUUUGAUGAGUCUUCCAGUAGCACCAGUUUGAAUGCAGGACUUUCGAGCAGCGAAGCAGAACACUUGGCGGAAACCUUAGUGGAAUCUUUAGCGGAGUCAAACGAGGCGGCGAUUGGAGUACUUGGAGGUUCAGCCGAGACUGCCGACGAAAGUAGUGGUGUGAACAGGGGCGAUUCCUGUUCCACCAGUCUGUCGAAGCACCGCGAGAAGUACUGGAAGGGGCUUAUUGACACUGAGAACUGGGAGGCACUGCACUUGGAUCGUGCAGGAUCCGUCACGGAUUCGCACGUCUUGCGGCGGAAGGGGCACUUGAAGGAACAAGAUGGCCUGAUCGACUUCAUCAUCAGUAUGCACCAGAUGCUGUCCCCAUAUGAGGUAAUGGAGAAGCGGCUGGUGCCCUCCGUCGGCAAGUUCUACACGCGCCUAAAACUGGUCGACGCACUCAAGGAGUACGACGAGUUCGCCUCCCUCUCGCGCCGCCGCUACGUCCCCCCCAACUUCGCGGAGAUCCGGCACAUCCUCAACAUCGCGCAGCUGCACGCGUCCGCCGAAGAGCUCGCACUCAUCACGUUCGAUGCGGACGGGACGUUGUACGCGGACGGACACCACAUGAAGGACGACAACAAGAUGAUUGGGCACAUAGUCGCGCUCAUGAAGCGGGGAAUCAGCGUUGCAAUCGUGACUGCGGCAGGUUACCCGGGUGAGGCCGCCCGCUUCGAGGGGCGCUUGGCGGGACUUCUGGCGGCGUUCGAAGCGCUCCAGCUCCCCCCCGCAACGACGAACCUGUUCCACGUGAUGGGGGGCGAGUGCAACUACCUGCUGAAAGUGAACGACCGGUAUCGGCUGGAGUUCGUGGACGAUUCGCUGUGGAAGCUGGAGAGUAUGCGGGAGUGGGGGGCGGACGACGUGGAGCGAUUGCUGGACGACGCCGAGGCGAUUCUGCGGUCGGCCUCCGCGCGGCUGCGCGUGCCGGUUGCGGUGAUCCGCAAAGAGCGCGCGGUGGGCAUUUGCCCGGUACAGCCCACCAUCUACGAGGUGCUCGAGGAGAUUGCGCUGACAGUGCAAGCGCAGCUGGUGGAUUCCAAACUGCCCUUCUGCGCUUUCAACGGGGGAAAGGACGUGUUUGUCGACGUAGGUAACAAGAGCCUGGGCAUGGCUGCACUACUACAGUAUUUGCGGAAACGGCCCGAGGAGACCCUCCAUGUGGGCGACCGGUUCACGGUGACCGGUAACGACGGGGCCACCCGCAGCCGGUGCUCCAUCCUGUGGGUAGCGAAUCCAGAGGAGACGGCGUUCUUCGUGCGCAUGCUCCUGCGAGAUAUCCACCUCUCCAAGCUCACACCGUACUUAGAAUGAGUCCCUGUCUUUGCUAUAAAGGUAGGACGAAGUUCCCGAGGGGGUGUCUGUCAAUUAGCUAGGGGCUCUUCGUUAGAACGCGAGCAAUAGGUUAUAAGGGUGGGGGGUGAAGAACUAUCAGGUUAAAGCCAGCAGCGUAGGGAAGCGCACAGGUUUAGGAGUAGGUGUCUUAGGAUUUGGCUGCUUGACUUCUAAACGGGCACCUAAAUCUGAUCAAGCAGAGACUUCGUGAAAUGCCCGUUAAGGUAGAAUGAGUGAUCCAAAACAAAACCUAGGCACGGGUGAGCUAACCCGAUCACACUUUUGCGAGGAUCCUUGUACAAUGGUUUGCUUGACCAGGACCCGAGAGUCACCCUUUGCCAGGUUCUGGAUACGUCCGACGCUCUAGCUGGUGGCUUCAAGCCCGUUUUGUGAGAGUGAACGGUACUCAGGCUUCUAGUUUGACCGCAAUAUCAAUCAGAUGUCAGUGAUUAUACCGC